CCACAGCCCCCUCGGCUCGGGAAGGAACAUACAUACCUACUACUUGAUCGCUAUCACUCGCAGCUCACUGCUGUCGCAUAGAUACUCCCAUAUAUUCCUAGGGACUCGCUGAGCAAUUCGACAUCAUGGGAAGACAGAAGCUUUACCUGGAGAAGUUGUCUCAGUCCUUCCAGAUCCGCAACCUGCUCCUUCGCCAGGCCCUGGCCGAGUGUCUGGGCACGCUCAUCCUGGUGAUGUUUGGUUGUGGUGCCGUGGCCCAGCUGGUGCUUAGCGGGGGAUCUCACGGGUUGUUCCUCACCGUCAACUUUGCGUUCGGCUUCGCUGCCACCCUGGGGAUCCUUGUCUGUGGGCAGGUAUCAGGAGGCCAUCUGAACCCGGCGGUGACCUUUGCCCUCUGCCUGCUGGGGAGAGAGCGCUGGAUCAAGUUCCCAGUGUACUUCGCCUUCCAAACGCUCGGCGCUUUCCUAGGCUCAGGGGUUAUCUUCGGCCUGUACUACGAUGCUCUGUGGGACUUCAAAGGAGUUCUUGCCGUAACUGGAGAUAACGCUACGGCUGGUAUCUUCGCUACGUACCCUGGCAAACACCUGACUCUCGUCAAUGGCUUCUUUGACCAGAUGAUUGGCACCGCGGCGCUGAUCGUGUGUAUCCUGGCCAUCGUGGACCCCUACAACAACCCCAUCCCCCCGGGUCUGGAAGCUUUCACUGUGGGCUUUGUGGUGCUGGUCAUCGGCCUGUCCAUGGGCCUCAACUCGGGCUACGCCGUCAACCCCGCCAGGGACCUGGGCCCCCGCCUCUUCACCGCCAUAGCAGGCUGGGGCUCGGAGGUCUUCAGUGCUCAUGACUACUGGUUCCUGGUCCCGAUCUUCGCUCCGUUCCUCGGUACCAUCUUUGGAGUGAUGGUCUACCAGUUUAUGGUUGGAUUUCAUCAGGAAGGUGAGGUCCGCGACAAGGCCAGGAUGUCCGACGAAAGGGUGAAACUGACCAACGUCUCCUCCAGCAACGACCAGUCGAAAGGUUCUUCCAAGGAAAUGGAAUGAGUCAUGAUAAUCCUUCCUCCAAACACACACACACACACACACACACACAGUUCAGCACAACUUCAAAGGCAACUGCAGUGUCGUAGUCACUCGAACAUAAGAAGACAGCAUCAAACCUUUACCAACACAGAAUUACAUUAAUUCUUAAAAAGAAUGAACGUUUGUAUUUUAGUAUCUCUUAUUUGGACAGUAUUGUAUUUUUUACCUUUUUUUUUACAUGGUUGUUUCUCUAAUUUAGUUUUAUUUAUAGAUGUACAUGUGUAUCCUGAUCAGAUUUUUUUUUUCUUUGCUUAUUAUACUUAAAGCUUUGAGGAUUUGAUUUCACAGCAUUCUCCUCUACAUUCUCCUUGGACUGAGCAGACUACUCUGUAUUUUUGAUAUUCACUGAUUAAUAUUUAAUUUGAGAUGAUUGAUGACUAUGCUUGUAUAUUAUCUAGCAGUCCUUUGGUUAUCUGUUCAAUGUUGGGCUUGAGCAUGAAAUGCAUGACGUUUUAAUUUAGUUUUGAUUUAGCUUGUAGUAUCUUAUAUGAGAAUCAACACACUGUGUCUAACAAAAUGUAAUCCUCCGGGGGUCAGAUGGCUGAGCGGUUAGGGAAUCGGGCUAUUAAUCAGAAGGUUUGCCGGUUCGAUUCUUGGCCGUGCAAAAUGACAUUGUGCCUUGUGACGAAGUGCCUUAGGGGGAAUGUCCCUGUACUUACUGUAAAUCGCUCUGGAUAAGAGCGUCUGCUAAAUGACUAAAUGAAAUCCUAAACUACUCAUGACCUGCCUGGAUGGACCUAGAGGAACGUAUCAGUCUGAGGAGAUCUGUAUUAUCCUGCCAUAAUAAACCUUGUUAUUGUUGUGUAAA